AUGGCGGACCCCGAGACCAUCCUUCCACACAGUGAUGAGUCAUCAAACACUCUCCAGCACCUGGAUGCACUCUUUGCCACAUUCUGGAGGAAACUGCAGACCAAGCAAUCACUACCUGAAUCAGCGAAGACCCCUACGUUGUCCAGUCAUACUAAGAGCUGCCCUGUGGCUUUACCUAAUGUCCUGAUGCGCCUGAGGUGGCAGAAGCUGAGGAAGCUGCGUCAAAGCUCCACAAGACAAACAGAGAGCCGGUGUGCUCUACAGCUGUGCAGCUCCAAG